AGAACGUGAAGACAACCCAAGAAAGCAUGUGCCUACUGUAAUGCUUCACGGCAGCUACAAGCUCAAAAUGCUUAUGCUUCUCAUACUUACCAACCUUCUCACUAUCUUCAUCUUUUCUGGUCCUUUCAGCUUGUCAUCGCGCAACAACCGCCUGAUGAUUCCUCUUGUCCUUGAUCACGACUCGACAUCUCAUCUCUUGCAUGAGCUCAACUCUACCAAGGCCCAACUCUUUGCCAGUUUCUCUCUUAUUGCUGAUUUGCACCAUAAGAUCAACUCAACCAACUUGCUUGUGCAGGCCCUCCUUAUUGAGCUAACCCGUGAACGAAAGCCUUCAGUCGAGAAAGAAACUGAUCAAGCUGUGAAGUCUAUUAAUAAUGAUGUUUUUGGGAUUGCUGCCGCUUCGUCUGAUGAACUCAAGCUUGCAUUUCUGCCUCACAAACUCCCAUUAGGGUACUCGCCAAGGAUGGGAUCUGAUGAGAUAUAUCCGCCUAUUGGAGCAGGCUGCUUGAGGUUUCAUGAGGAGCUGGCUCAGUACAUGACAUAUGCCAUUGGUGGCGAAUGUCCUGUUGAUGAUGAUUUAGCUCAAAAGCUUAUUCUCAAAGGGUGUGAACCACUCCCUCGCCGCAGAUGCCAUCCCAAAUUCCCCGUUGGUUAUGUGGAGCCAACACCAUUUCCUGACAGCCUUUGGGCAAUUCCACCGGAUUCCAGCAUUAUUUGGGAUCCUUACACUUGCAAAAGCUACCAGUGCCUCAUUGACCGCAAAAACUUUCCAGGGUACUUCGAUUGCAAGGACUGCUUCGACUUGCAAGGCAGAGAAAAAAGAAGAUGGCUCUACGAUAGAGGACUAGAUUAUGGAAUCGAUCAAGUUCUCCAAACAAAACCAGCUGGGACUAUCCGAAUCGGACUUGACAUAGGAGGUGGGAGUGGCACUUUUGCUGCGAGGAUGAGAGAGCGAAACAUCACCAUCAUCACUAGUUCAAUGAAUCUUGAUGGCCCCUUCAAUAGUUUUAUUGCAUCCAGGGGGCUGAUCCCAAUACAUGUUAGCAUUUCGCAGAGGCUUCCGUUCUUUGAGAACACACUGGAUAUUGUGCAUUCAAUGCAUGUUUUGAGCAACUGGAUCCCUGAUGCCACGUUGGAGCUCACCUUCUAUGAUAUCUACAGAGUAUUGAGGCCAGGGGGACUCUUCUGGCUCGACCAUUUCUUCUGCCAGGGGUCGCAGCUCAAUCAAACGUAUGCUCCCAUGUUGGGAAGGAUUGGGUUUAAGAAACUAAGGUGGAAUUUUGGAAAGAAGCUUGAUCGUGGAUCAAACAAGAAUGAGUGGUACUUCUCUGCGCUGUUGGAAAAACCAAUGACCUAA